CUUGCCACUACCAUCACGUACGACCGUUCGCCUGGCUGUCACCCUGCCGCUGUCGUACUUGUCGCAAAGCACUGUUUGUGCGUACCAAAGCGUUCUGCACUCAGAGGCGGUGCGACUCGUCAGCGCGUCCCGGGCUCGUGCUUCGGUCUCGCGAUCGUCCAGUUCUGGGCGCAAGAUCAAGAACCUCGGAUCUGCUGCUUUCCAUCGGGAUUCCCGGCUACUCGAACCUACGUCGUUUGGUCGCUUUGCCACGCGCACUGCACCUCUGCCUGUAAUCUGUAACUGAGCAUCGCUGAGCUUCCGCAGCAUAAUCACAGGAAGAACAGCGUCAGAAGCUCUCGGACAACUCCAUAUGACUCAACUUGACGAUCAGGACUCCAGGGACUCAUCGCCGUCGCCCUCCAAACCGACCGGCUCCUUGAACGCGACCGCGCAGACUGACCAGAGUUCUAUCCCUCCCACUCGCUUCUACUCCUCUACCAGUGGCCCAAAACCACCCCCACUACCAAAUCGACCACGUACCAGCGUAGGUACGGCCUCCACUCAAUAUAUGGCGCCGCCAAGUCCGCCCCCCAGCUAUGAUGUUACCUCCUCGGACUUUCGGGAGCCGGAGCUUGUAGCAGAUGGUCCUCUUCCUGCACUUCAUGUACCGGACGGCGAGCCGCAGAGAGAUAUCUGGAUCUCACAAGAAACAAGAACGUCAUGGGAUGUUGACGCUUCCGCAUGGUCCGGAGUUGAAAAUGAAGUAAGCGGAACAUGGACCUCAAACGUCGAUUGGACAACUUCAUACGUGUCCGCUGCCAAGAAAAUACCCAUAGAUGGUCGCAGUGACGAGGAGGAAGAACGAUGGUGGGAUCCCACCAUCCGAGAGAAGUAUAUGCGACCUGGUCCAGGUAUAUUGGCGACGUUGCUCGAGCGGAAACUACACGAAGGUGGCGAUCAUACCCUGUUCAGCGUACUUGCAAAAUCACCAUCGCCGGAAGCUCGUGCGGAGCACGCGCGCAGUGGUUCCGGCAAUUCAAUGAGCUUUUCUACUUCGGUUCCGUCUGCAACUCCCUCUAGCGCGACCACACAACCCACUUCUCCCACGUCCUUGCAUACUUCUGCUCCUUCAUCAUCGCAAGUCUUCAUACCUCCACCUGCGGACGAAGUGCGGACGGCUGUCCCCCAUCCCAAUGCAUACUAUUGUCGGAAACACAACGGAUGGCUACUCGUGCUAUGGAAAUCUUCGUCUGUGCUCCCGCCUCUAGCUAGCAGCUUUGACGAGCGAAAGCUUCCUGAUCAGAUGCGCCGUAAACAGACCAACUCAUGUGUUGGUGAGGGCGAACAACCAUUCGGACAGGCAAACAAGACACAUCACUUCCAUCACUACUCAAAGGCGGUCGACGCCCGUAAAUUGGAUCCUCCUCUCAUCAGGCAGUCAUGGGAGAAAGAGGAGCUGAUCAAGAAGAACCGAAGGAAGGUGACGAGGGAAAGUCUCUCAUUGGAUUUAUCCGAUGGUAUAGACCCCGAGAGCAUGACAUCCACAUCCCAAAUGAUUCAAGAUGAGCCUGAACAAAUGGAUGAAGAACCGGAAGAGGAACUGCUGGAUUUAUACGUUUGUUGUCAAUGUUCGUUCUACUGCGUGGUCAGCGACAUCAUUCCCGGUGUCAUUCCUGUUCGUGCGAUCGAGGCAUUCGUUCAGGAAAAGACUCAGAACCCCUCACCGGGUGUCACCGCUGAAAUGUCGGUGUUCUACGCCUGGGAGACGAUAGCGCGGGUACUCAACAAACGCCUGUGGGGCGGGGAAACUCGUUCCCUACCGAUUCAAGGCAAAUCGUUCAGUUCGAGGAUCGGUUGGAGCACACCUGUACAGACCAUAUUCUCAAGUCUGGGGUGGGAGCUGAAGCCACUUCACAAGGAUGGUCAAGAUAUUCAGGCUCUCUGGCCCCCGUCGUUAGACUCGGCAUCGCUCGAAGGCAAAACUACUCGUGCCAAGCUGCUACGCGCUCGUGUGGAGAUUGGCGCUUGGAUGACGGACUUCUAUCGUCGAUUGUUGUCAAAGAGCAAGGAAUUUGUCGAUGACGUCAUCACAAUUGACAGUGCUCGGGAAAUGAUUUCCAGCGCGAUCGGUUCUCAUCCAAAUCAAAUUCCGCGCGAGUCAGUAGGAGAUCAAUUCAUGCAGCUCAAGAGCAUCCAGAUAGCGAUCUCCACGCUUGGUCUGACCGAGACUUCAGCGUCGGUUGAUUACCUGGCGUUUGCAUAUAUGGCCCAAUGUCGUUGUGAUCCGUCCAAUACCCCGGCGUACUUCGAGAGCAUAUGGACGCUCGUGCAUACCAUGCAGAACUUCGGUGAUGUGCCGCCAGUAGAGCUGCAAUCACUCAUCAUGGAAGAGCGAGCACGCCAUCGUUUUUCUUCUGAAGACGUCUCGCGGCAUAUCUCAGCGCUGGGCUUUGGAGAGAACAAUGUUCUGGGCUUUGACUACGACGAUUCGAUCACCGAUGAUGUUAUCGAGGAGGCAUAUUCAGCGGCAGUAAGGCAAGCAUGGCAGGACCCCGCACGCGGGGACGAACGCCAGAGGGAACUCGAUGAGGCGCUGAACGUACUAGCUCAAAUCCGUGGCAGCCUUAGAUUGUGGAACAAAUGGAAGAUACAGGCCGCGGGCGAGGGAAGGAUGAAUCCCUCCAAAGCGUAUAGCACCCUGGACGUCCCUCACGGCACCGAGGACGAACUGAUCAUAAGUGUCUUCUCAUUGAGGGUAGAAGAUCAGCCUCAUCAAGCGGACAAGAUGCGCGAGGCUGUGUCCGUGAUCGCCGACUACACUAACAGUGAAAGGCUGAAGCGCUUCCUCGAAACCGGCGUUGACCCUGGCAACAUAGAGCCCCCUGUGAGGGCUGACCUGCCGAGAGGUUUGCAUCAGUUAGGAAACACUUGCUAUUUGAAUUCUUUGCUACAAUACUUUUACACCAUCAAAGACUUGCGGGAAGCCGUCCUGCAAUUCGCUCAUGACGAAACAAAGGAGUCUCUUGACUAUAAGUUAACGGAAGAUGACCUCAAACGACACCGAGUGGGUGGACGGCUCGUCACCAAGAGGGAAAUCAUACGCUCCAGGAAAUUCGUCAAUCUUCUCGGUAGUCUGUUCUGGGACCUGGAAUAUAACGAAGACCCAGCCGUCACACCGAAAGUGGAUUUGGCAAAGCUUGCACUUGUUACGUCCAAGGAUGAAGAAGAAGAUGAAGCGGACAGGCCUGCAACUGACUCCUCAAAUGACACUGACGCUACCCUCGUCGAAGACGCACCGCCACGACACCUAUCUCCGAAGCCCAUGUCCUCACCGUCGUCGUCAUCCGUCCUAGGAAAGAGACCGCGUAGUCCACGAAAGAACAGUGCCAUGGAGGUUGAUAGCCCAGUCGAACAAGCCAAGGACGAAGGUCUUGCUGCUCAUCAAUCUGACGAAGUCACUGCCGGACGAUCAAUUUCGGAUGAACAGCCUGAAGCAGGUUCUUCACGGCUUCCCGCCCCAGCAGUCAAGUCCGGCCCUGAAGACGUUGAGAUGCAGGAUUCAACACCAAACACCAAACCCUCGGUGCGUCCGAAACAGAGCACCCAACCGGGAGGUAUGAUGUUUGGCAGGCAACACGAUGUUUCCGAGUGCAUGGACAAUUGCAUGUUCCAAAUUGAGACCGCCCUCCUGAGGUUUGACGAGCUCACUGGUGGCGAGCGUGAUAAAACUAGUCUCGUGAAGAGGCUUUUCUAUGGGAAGCUCAAGCAACGUCUAACUGCAAUUGACGACGCUCGGAGCUCUCGAACAUCCGUGCAUGAGAAGGAAGAUCUAUUCUCACAUCUGCCAGUGAAUGUCUCGGAAGAGGGCUAUGAUAUCUACGACGGCUUAUGUGGCUACUUCGAGGACGUCGUCGACUUCGAGGGUAAAAAGGCUCGGAUGGAAGUGUCGUUGGUAGACCUCCCACCCAUCUUGCAAAUCCAACUGCAGAGAGUCCAGUUCAACCGCGAAACUCUGCAACCCUACAAGAGCCAGGCAUACCUCAAAUUCGGGGAACAGCUAUUCCUAGAUCGAUUCUUGGAUCGUGCAGACCCCGCAAUGAAAGCGAAGAGCAAGGCCAUACAAUCCAAAUUGAACGCAUGCCGCGAGCGCAUCAACGUGCUGACGAAGAGCAAGGGUGCUCCAUACAACGUUUCUCUGGCGGCCACCUCCGACUUCCUGUCGAAACUCGUUGGUGUUGAUAUUCCCGAAGUUGAUGAUGAUCUUAUCACCCAACUGGGAGCUGAGGAAGCAUUACUCCAAGAUGAACUCACACAACUCCGGGAUCAAGUAACUCGAUUGAAGGAUGAAUUAGAGGAGAUAUGGAGCGACGAAAAGAGCGUCGAAUAUGAGCUCACUUCGGUAUUCGUCCACAGCGGUUCAUCGCCGUCAUGGGGUCACUAUUUCUUCUACGCGAGGAAUCUACCGGAUAGGCCGGACGAGUGGUUCAAGUACAAUGACCAAUACGUGACAGAAGUCAGCAAAGAGGAGGUACUUGCGGAUACCACAGGGCUUACCAGCAACCCGUAUCUACUCGUUUUUGCUCGCAAAGGCUCGGACAUAGUACAUACUGUGAACCGAUUCGAUCCGAAGCAUCUGCCGACAGCAGAUGUUUAGUCAUUGUCAGGGGCACCUGCCCUAUUGUCGGAUAAUAUUGCAUCUACCGCAUCAUCUGUACUAUCGCAUUCACUACUUGAAUAAAGGGUAUAAGAACAAAA